GGGCUGGGAGCGGGGCCGGGAGCCGCGGCCAUGCCGUACGCCAACCAGCCCACGGUGCGCAUCACCGAGCUGACGGACGAGAACGUCAAGUUCAUCAUCGAGAACACGGACCUGGCGGUGGCCAAUUCCAUCCGCAGAGUGUUCAUCGCGGAAGUCCCCAUCAUAGCCAUCGACUGGGUCCAGAUAGACGCCAACUCCUCCGUGCUCCAUGAUGAGUUCAUUGCACACAGGCUGGGCCUCAUCCCUCUCACCAGCGAUGACAUUGUGGAUAAGAUGCAAUACUCCAGGGACUGCACGUGUGAUGAGUUCUGCCCGGAGUGCUCUGUGGAGUUCACCCUGGACGUGCGGUGCAACGAAGACCAGACUCGGCACGUCACGUCCCGCGACCUCAUCUCCAACAACCCGCGGGUCAUCCCGGUGACAUCUCGGAGCAGGGACAAUGACCCCAAUGACUAUGUGGAGCAGGAUGACAUCCUGAUAGUGAAGCUGCGGAAGGGCCAGGAGCUGAGGCUUCGAGCCUACGCCAAGAAGGGCUUUGGCAAGGAACACGCCAAGUGGAACCCCACGGCCGGCGUCGCCUUCGAGUACGACCCAGACAACGCUCUGAGACACACCGUGUACCCCAAACCAGAGGAGUGGCCCAAGAGCGAGUACUCGGAGAUCGAUGAGGAGGAUGCUCAGGCUCCCUACGACCCCAAUGGGAAGCCAGAGAGGUUUUAUUACAACGUGGAGUCGUGCGGGUCGCUGCGCCCCGAGACCAUCGUCCUGUCCGCGCUGUCCGGCCUCAAGAAGAAGCUCAGCGACCUCCAGACCCAGCUGAGCCACGAGAUACAGAGCGACGUCCUCACCAUCAACUGAGCCCCAGCCCCUUGCAGGAGAGUGCUGGGGGCCUGCCUGAGGGUCCUCCCUCUGCCCCACACUGCUCCAGGGCUGAGCCCAGCUCCCUCUGCCUUUCCUUUCCUGGCUGGUGCCAGCUCAUCCCUGUCAGUGUGAGGUGCAGGGAGAAGCAGGAAGGGAACCCAUGAGCAUGUGUGCUGAGACAGCCUUUGUCUCUAAGGGAUCCCAGAGUUGCAGCCCCUGGCCUCAUGGUAGUGGGGAGGGGGAAGCACAUCCCUGGGUUGCACAGCCCUGCCCUGUUGCCAUGUUCUCCUUGUGAUGAAUAAAGCCUUUACCCUCCUGUGCUGGCACCCUGGGAGCUCAGCAGGGGCUGCAGGAGAUGCCACACCACUGAGCUCUCUCCCAUAGACCUGGAGUUAAUGAGCUCUGCCUUGGAGGGAGCAUUGCUCUCUC